GAGUGCGCAUGCGCGAGCGAUUGUGGCCGCUGGUCUACGGGGCCGCUGCGGUUGGGUUUGGAUGCUGGACCCGCGUCCCUCCAGCAGCCUGCGCUGACUACUGUGCCUCUCUUCCUCCUCCGAGUUCCUGUGACUUGUUCCUCCUGAUCCUUAAGGACGUCGCAGGAAGACAAUCUGCCAUCAGGUAAGAAACCGAGGCAAGAGUGGGUGAAACUGAAGAGCGAUUGGACGUUGCCGUUGGCCCCAGACGUACCAUGAUUCUUUUCCCAUGAAGGUUAUUACAAAAUAUUGUGUAGAGUCCCUGUGCUAUAUGGACGAUGGCGGGAAAAGUGAAAUGGGUCACUGACAUCGAGAAGUCGGUGCUGAUCAACAACUUCGAGAAGCGAGGAUGGGUGCAGGUGACGGAGAGCGAGGACUGGAAUUUCUACUGGAUGAGCGUGCAAACCAUCCGCAAUGUUUUCAGUGUGGAAACUGGCUAUCGGCUCUCGGACGACCAAAUCGUCAACCAUUUCCCAAACCACUAUGAGCUGACGCGGAAGGAUCUGAUGGUGAAGAACAUCAAGCGGUACCGGAAGGAGCUGGAGAAGGAAGGGAGCCCCCUGGCGGAGAAGGACGAAAGUGGGAAAUACCUCUACCUGGACUUUGUCCCGGUCACCUACAUGCUGCCCGCCGACUACAACCUGUUUGUGGAGGAGUUCCGGAAAAGCCCCUCCAGCACCUGGAUCAUGAAACCUUGUGGCAGAGCCCAGGGCAAGGGUAUCUUUCUGAUCAACAAGCUCUCGCAGAUCAAAAAGUGGUCCCGGGACAGCAAAACCUCUUCGUUCGUGUCUCAGUCGCCCAAGGAGGCCUACGUGAUCUCUCUGUACAUCAGCAACCCGCUCCUCAUCGGCGGCAGGAAGUUCGACCUGCGCUUGUAUGUCCUGGUGUCCACGUACCGCCCCCUGCGCUGCUACAUGUACAAACUCGGGUUUUGCCGCUUUUGCACCGUGAAGUACACCCCCAGCACCAGUGAGCUGGAUAACAUGUUCGUUCAUCUCACCAACGUUGCCAUUCAGAAACACGGGGAGGACUACAACCACAUCCACGGGGGCAAGUGGACGGUCAGCAACCUGCGGCUCUACCUCGAGAGCACCCGCGGCAAGGAGGUGACCAGCAAGCUGUUCGACGAGAUCCACUGGAUCAUCGUGCAGUCUCUGAAGGCCGUGGCCCCGGUGAUGAACAACGACAAACACUGCUUCGAGUGCUACGGCUACGACAUCAUCAUCGACGACAGGCUGAAGCCCUGGCUGAUCGAGGUCAACGCGUCUCCAUCGCUCACCUCCAGCACCGCCAACGAUCGAAUCCUCAAGUAUAACCUGAUCAACGACACCCUCAACAUCGCGGUCCCCAACGGCGAGGUUCCCGACUGUAAAUGGAACAAGUCCCCCCCCAAGGAGGUCCUCGGCAAUUACGAGAUCCUCCUCAGCCCCGCCGCCGCUGCUGAAUCCCGGAACUGCUUCCAGGUACGACGAGGAGCUGGCACAAGGGGACGGGGCUGACCGGGAGCUGAGAAGUCGGCCGGGCCCGUCCCUGGGGCCCAGAGGGGGCCGAUCGAGAGACUCGGGGAGAGCCACCCUCACAACCUGGAAGUGACCGCAGCGAGACCCCAGCCUGGACCCACCCGGGCAGAACUUGUCACUGCACCCCCCCGUCCAAGACCUAUUUUGGAAUUCCCUUUUUCUAGAGCUUUUUUCCUUUCCUAAACCCUGUAAAUAAAUAAAGGCACUUCUUUGGAAGGUCAA